GAGGGAAGCAGACACAGAGGAGGACUGGUUGGGGCCCGAACACCACUCUGCAGAGCAGGAAGACACUGAGAAGGCUUUGAAUAAACCUGUCCUUAGGAACAGCUGUCAGCGGCUACCUCAGAUGGAAUCUCCUCCUUGAAACCUGCCCUGAAUGUUCCUUCCUUAGGAGCGAGUGGAUGAGUGCGUAUUUAUUAGGCACCUGCUGGGGGCCAGGCCCUACGCAGGUAUUGUCAUGCGCUCUCACCGGGUCCUCACGGUGGCCCUGCUUCCCCAGGAUCAGUACUCUUUCUGACACGGAAGCUGAGAAGUCUGGUGAUGCUCCCGAGCUCUCACGACUAGAAAACACGUGCGUCUUCCCCAUCCCAGCAAGUGUGCAGCAGCCAGGGUUGGCAGCUCCUGCCACUGAGGACAGGCCUGUGGACUCAGGGCCUGACUCUGUAAGGUUCCUCAAAGGGAAAGAAGAGUCUUUGGUUGGCCACAGCCCUUCCAGCCAACUUUGCUUUUCCCUGUUGCAGAGGAAGUCAAGCAAAGCGAAGGAGAAGAAGCAGAAGCGGUUGGAGGAACGAGCAGCCAUGGAUGCCGUCUGUGCCAAAGUGGACGCCGCCAACAGGCUUGGAGACCCUCUAGAGGCUUUCCCAGUGUUCAAGAAAUACGAUCGAAAUGGGUUAAACGUCUCCAUCGAGUGUAAGCGAGUGUCUGGACUGGAGCCAGCCACCGUGGCCUGGGCCUUCGACCUGACCAAGACCAACAUGCAGACCAUGUAUGAGCAGAGCGAAUGGGGCUGGAAGGACCGAGAGAAACGCGAGGAAAUGACAGAUGACCGAGCCUGGUACCUCAUUGCUUGGGAAAGCAGUUCGGUCCCUGUUGCCUUUUCUCACUUCCGGUUUGACGUGGAGUGCGGGGAUGAAGUCCUGUACUGCUACGAGGUGCAGUUGGAAAGCAAGGUGCGGCGGAAAGGCCUGGGGAAGUUCCUCAUCCAGAUCCUGCAGCUCAUGGCCAACAGCACACAGAUGAAGAAAGUGAUGUUAACUGUAUUUAAGCACAAUCAUGGCGCCUACCAGUUCUUCCGAGAAGCGCUGCAAUUCGAGAUCGAUGACUCUUCCCCCAGCAUGUCUGGUUGCUGUGGAGAGGACUGCUCCUAUGAGAUCCUGAGCCGGAGGACCAAGUUUGGGGACAGCCAGCACUCCCAUGCGGGCGGGCACUGUGGCGGCUGCUGCCACUGAGCUCCCAAGCUAGAAUGCUCUCUCCAAGGCCUGUCCUCUCCCUGGGCUCACGUCGCUGGCCAGGUGCCCUCAGAGCUGUGGCCUCCUCAGCCCUGCGCGUGCCCGGCUGCGGCCCGAGCGCACAGAACCCCGGGGUGGAGCGGUCCGAGCCGCCCGUCCUCUGCCCUCCUGGAAGGACCGUGUGCGCUGAAGGAGCAGAGAGGAGAGGUGCUGAGGGAGGGGCUGGCGGAGGCCGGGCACGACGCGGACCCUCUCGCAGCGGCUGCCUUCUCGCUCGGCCCUUGUGCCCUUGAGCACGAGGUUCUCCAGCUGCUCUGCAGGUGGAUUCCUGACAGUCCCUCCCCUCCCCCCGCCACACACACACUUGGACAAAUGGGCUGUUUUAUACCCAUCUUUAGAAAAGUCCUGGAGCCCCGGGUCAGGGUCUGGCUGGUCCCCAACGAGGACUGGACCGGAUGCAGGCUCUGGACAUAGAGACCGGCUUCGGAGGGAGUCCGGUUUUGUAGCCAAGUGCUCUGAUGGAGAUCGAGGGAAGGUCUCCUGUGCCACGACACUGGGAGGCCAAGGAGCGCUUUCUAGCUGUGCUUCUGUGGACGGACACUUAGUGUGGAGGCAUCCCAGGGGACCGGCCCAGUAGGAGGAAGGUUCCAUCCAUCUCCACCUCGUCGUCGAUGGGAGGACCAGGAGCAAGGUGUGGCU